GCCCCUCUUACGCCGCACCGCCGCUGCUCAGCUCACUCACUCCAGUCUCUCUCGAGCGGGAGGCGCGCCGCUCCAUAGCUCCACACACGCACUCUGCGCUUCUCGCGUCCGUUCACACCGACCUCGACUCGCUGUCCGAAGAUGACCGUCACUGUUACGAGGCCAUCCGUGAGCCUAACCUCCUCCAACCGCGGAGAGUAGAUCCGGAGCCGAGGAGAGAGAGAGUAACGCACCUCUCUCUUCUCUCUCCCCAUCAUCUGCCUCAGUCCUCCGGGCAACAACCGAAGACAGCUCAAGACGCAACGAAAUUCGCCUAAAUCUGUCGACACAUCAUUGCUUUUCAGGAUUCAAGACGGGUUUAGUGGGGAUAUUGUGGAAGUGAUUUGAUACAGGGAUUGAUUUUGACGAUAUACGGUGAAGAUGGAUAACGUAAACGUGGAGUCGGUGGAGAAAGAGUGCGGAGCGCUCGGUGGAUUAUUCCAGGCGAUUGUCAAUGAUAUGAAGUGCUCAUAUCCUGUAUGGGAAGACUUCAGUGCCAAGGCCACCAAGCUGCAUUCUCAACUCCGAACCACUGUGCUGGCAGCUGUGGCCUUUCUGGAUGCUUUUCAGAAAGUGGCGGACAUGGCAACCAACACAAGAGGAGCCACCAGGGAUAUUGGAUCAGCACUGACCCGGAUGUGUAUGAGGCAUCGUAGCAUCGAGGCGAAACUUCGCUAUUUUACUAAUGCUUUGAUGGAGAGCCUAAUAACUCCUCUACAGGACCGCAUUGAAGACUGGAAAAAAACAGCCAAUCAACUGGACAAGGAUCAUGCCAAAGAAUACAAACGUUCUCGUCAUGAAAUAAAGAAGAAAUCUUCAGACACCAUGAAAUUACAGAAGAAAGCCAGGAAAGGCCGUGGAGAUCUGCAGCCUCAGUUGGACAGUGCGAUGCAGGACGUAAAUGACAUGUACCUGUUGAUGGAGGAGACGGAGAAGCAGGCAGUGCGACGUGCCCUAGUGGAGGAGAGAGGACGCUUCUGUACCUUCAUCAGCUUUUUGCAGCCUGUCGUGAAUGGAGAGAUUGCCAUGUUGGGAGAAAUCACUCAUCUCCAGGCUAUUAUUGACGACCUCACUGUUUUAACCUCUGAUCCUCACAAACUGCCUCCAGCCAGUGAGCAGGUAAUAAAAGAUCUUAAGGGGUCUGAUUACUCUUGGUCCUACCAGACUCCCCCCUCCUCUCCCAGUAGCUCUGGCUCUAGGAAAAGCAGCAUGUGCAGCAGUGUAAACAGCGCCCACAGUAGCGCCUCUAGGUCCUCUGGUGGUUCUCAGACUCACUCACCUGGUUCGUCCUGUCGCUAUCGCAGCCUGGCCCAGCCACUGACGACAGCCGUGCACCGCCUCAGCAGCGUCUCCUCACAUGACUCCGGCUUCAUCUCGCAGGAUGCCAACGUUUACUCCAAACCCCCAUCACCAAUGCCCUCUGAUAUAACCAGCCAGAAAUCAUCGAGUUCAGCUUCAUCAGAGGCAUCUGAGACUUGUCAGUCAGUUAGUGAGUGUAGCUCUCCAACUACAGAUUGGUCCAAGGUAAGUUCCACUGAACAACCAUUGGCCAGCACUCUUCAGAGAAGAAAAGAGCCCCUGGAUAGGCUGAGGGAGGCAGAAACAUCUCCCCAAUCCCAGGGCUAUUCUGGAAUGCAUUCAGAAGACCAACAGAGACCAAGGAUGACCCCAGCCACCAUAGCUGCCAAGCAUGGGGAGGAGGUCUCUCCAGCUGCUAGUGAUCUGGCUAUGGUGCUGACACGAGGACUCAGCAUGGAGCAGCAGAAGAGCAGCCGAGAUUCCCUUCAGUAUUCCAGUGGAUACAGCACUCAGACCACCACACCAUCCUGUUCGGAAGAUACUAUUCCCUCACAGGGCUCUGAUUACGAUGGCUAUUCGGUGAAUGGAGACACAGAGGCUGAUGGACAGGCCGAAUUCGAUAAAUCCUCCACAAUUCCCCGUCACAGUAAUAUCGCCCAGAACUACCGGCGCAUGAUACAGACUAAGCGUCCUGCCAGCACAGCAGGCCUGCCCAGCGGAGUCGGCGCUCUGGGUGGACCACCUGGCGGAGGCGGUGGGGGUGGUAUGGCUGGCACCGCCACCAUCCGCCGAACGCCAUCGACCAAACCCGGGGUGAGGCGCACCCUCUCCAACGCUGGCCCUAUUCCUAUACGCCCACCCAUUGUGCCAGUCAAGACCCCCACUGUGCCUGACUCACCCGGAGGAUGCGCAGGCCCACCCGCCCGUGUGGGCAGCGAAGAAUGUGUCUUUUAUGUGCCGGACGAUGCCUCCCCGGGGGCGCUGGAAUAUGUGAAGGCCUCUCCGAAGCGUUUGAGCCUUCCCAACACAGCCUGGGGCGCGGGGGGAGUGGGCGGUUUAGAGAUGAGCGUGUACGGCCAAGCGGGGGAAGAAGAUCAUUUACUGGCCGCCAACCGCCACAGCCUGGUUGAGAAGAUCGGAGAGCUGGUGGCCAGCGCUCAUGCCUUAGGUGAGGGCCAGUACCCUUUCCCCUCACAUCCGAACCAGCCUCCACCAGGCCCUGAGUCUCAGCUCGACACAGAUGAGCCACAGGAGGGUCAGGACAUGCUGGUGUCUAUCCGUCGAGGGGUCCGACUGCGCAAAACCGUCUCUAAUGAUCGUUCCGCCCCUCGGAUUUUGUGAUGGCUCGCAGAAUUAGACCGAAGUAACCCCAGGAGAAAACUUCGCAUUGACUCUUUAGAAAACGAGCUAUGAUAAAGAGGAUAAAAAAUUUAAUGUUUAAAGUCAUUAGAGAAAAUACGUGAUGAAAUAAUGAAUAACAAUAAUGAAAAAAGUUAAUGAUAUGUAACAGCAGGCCGAGGCCAAUAUAACUCUUAGCGUGUCUGAACGCAUGUUUGUCUUAUUAACACGCCCAUCACCACGGCGGGAUAGUUGAACUGUACUGAGACAAUAAACUACUGAAAGAACCAGGGACCAGGAUGUUGGGGGAUUUUUGUGUUGUCCCUUCUACUUCAUGGUCCCCCUAAAAUAAUAGCCUCCCCAAACUAUGGACCCCAGGAAUCAGUGCUGGAGAAGCUCAACUUAAUUUCAGGGGUAUGCAGGGGCUUUUCACAAAUCCCUACCCUCUGCAACACUCCAGUAAAUUUGACGUUGCAAUUUGAAAGUGUUAAUGGUAUCAUGCUAUCGCGUGUUGGUGUCUGGCCUAUUAGUCGGGCUGGAGGUGAGCAGGGCUUUGCUGCAGGUCAGCUUGUGGUUGGAGAAGAGGGAUGGGAUUUAUAUUUUGUUUGUACACUUCUGUCUUGUUUAAUCCGGUUUGCUUUAUUUACCGAAAAGUUAAUCACCUCCUAGCUACUAGGAGUAGUCAGGUAUAUGGAUUUUUGACAGGUGAGAAACCACCAUGAUAAUGUGGAGCAAUAAUGCUUUUUGCCUUUUUCUUUUAUGGGGAAGAUUUUGAAGACCAGCUUUUAGCGAAGCUGUUCGUUUUUGAUGUUCAGGUGUCUUCAAAAGCAGUCUGUUAAUAAGUCUGAUUACGGCUUAUUGAAAUAAAUAAGGAAGAGCACUUUUAAGGUGAAGUUUUGACCACUAGUUGUCACUGUGGCCACACUGUGUGUGGUGAAUGCUGUGAGAGGACGCGGUUGCUUGCCCUGCUACACAGGGAGAUGAGUGCGUAUAGCGAUGUGAUAAUAUAGGAAGAUAAGAGAGAGAGAGAGACAGGAUGUGAAUCAGAAGAAUGAUUUCGAAGGGAAGCUGACUGAUAUAUUUAAUUUCCAAUUCGAGUUUGUAAAAUAAGGAACUUUUUUUUUCAACUUUUUGCUAGGAUGCCUCAAACCCCUAAUAUAUCGGUCGACAGGGAGAAGAGCUUAGAUGAAGGCACACACCUGGCUGCCAUUUUUGGGGAAUUACAGUACGGAUCUGCGGAGGGAAGAAGGGAUGAAAAAAGGAGAGAAUGAACUCUAGGAAGAAAACUCAUCCAGUUGUUUAUGAUAAAAGCAUUCCACUGCCUGUCAUAGAUGAUAUAGGAAUAAAUGCCUAGAAAAAUGCUUGCCGGUAACGCCGGUUCCUGGCGUCUUUAGUACCACAAUACUGUAACCGGAAUGGUGAUUCCCUGUUAUCACCUGACGGGAAGAACGCAAUGCUCUGUGAUGAUACUGGAUGUGGAUGGUGAUGUAGUAGGUCAAAACGUAGUUUUAGUCAUGUAGUGUCUGUCUGUGAGUGACUUUCUGUUCUCCCAAGAUUCCCUAUCACCCCUGCAGUCACAAAUAGUGUUGUUGCUUGAGAAGAACACAAUGAAUGCCAGACACGUACUCCUUUAACUCCGUACUUUUAGUUUGUUUUUAUUUAUUUUGCAUAUAUAGAGCACUCUGUUGUAGGAAUGCCUGUAGCAUUAAAAAAAAGGAAAAAGUACCUCUGUUUUGCGACAGUAAGUACGGAUGUGUCUGAACUUCUGCUGAAAAUAGCACUGUUCUGGAACGCUGGGACCAACAUAGAGCAAGCUGAAAUGAAAGAACAGGGUUAAUAUAAUCAAGGCCAACCAUAGAAGAGCAGGUCAUAACUUUGUACAUAUUCAUGAAUAAAUAUUUUCCACACAAUGUUGUUUGGUGGUGGUCUAGGCAUGGGUAAAGAAUCAAAUGCACAGGCUAUGGCAGCAAUAAAGUGAAGUUUCAAGUUGGACCGGUAUGAAGUAUCAUAUCUUUAGUUACAUAUCCAAUACGUGUCAACAGUUUGCAUGCUAAACUUACCGGUUUUCAAUGAAGAGUUCAGCGCAAGUGAAGGAGUUUUGAAUGGGAAAGUAAUGAAAGAGUAGUGUGAGAUGAGGAAAGGUGAAGAAAGGCAAGGCCGGUGUACAGUAAUUGGUGAGAGAUACAGUAAGGAGUGAAGUGAAUGGGAAAUAAAAUAGAAAAGAGUUUGAUAGUUGGCUCACUGUUGUCUCUUUAUUGUAAUACCAGUCCCCGAGGUCAGGAAGCAAGGUGACACCUAAAAGCUCCCCGGAGGAAGCCAGGAUUGAAAAAAUACUGUCGCUUUUAAGCUCAGCCGUCAGCGUCUCGUCUCCAUACUUGCCCCAUGCAGCAGCAUUGAGUCUUUUGGUUCUCAGGUGAUUAUACAUGCGUUUGUGCAGUCAUGUUUAACUCGCGUCUCCUGCUGUACGUCACGUCAUGCUAUAAGUCGGCGUUCGUAUGUUAGACCUCACAGUUCAGCUGUGAAAAUUAGAUCAGUGACCUGUUAAGUUUUCUAAAGCUCAGGAUUCACAGAUUUUCUCUAGAGCUGCCCUGGUUAUUUAAAGUAACUCUGGGUGGAAGAUGUGGUUUAUGUGCUUCGAUGGUUUGUACAUUUCAUUUUGAGGGCAAUAUUUUGACAGUACUACAGAAUGACAGAUAUUGUUCUUACAUGAUUUCACAACCGCUUGCUUUGUGGGGUUAUUUGAACCCUAAUCCCACCCCUACAUGCACAUAGACACACGCAAGUUUUGCCUUUACAUCUAAUUUAUAAAGCCAAACAUAUGCCAAAAAAGUGAAUUUGGCCAAACCCCUGGUUGUUUAUAUUAAGUAACAACUGAUCGUGUAUAGAGUUAGCGUACAAUCAAUAAAUAUAUCGUCAGCCUUAUGCAACUUCAUGCCUUUUUUCUGUAACCCCCUGCGAUGGACUGGUUGUCUACCCAGGGUGUAUCUGCUCCGAGAUGCUGGCAUCUCCAGCCCUCCGUGACCCUGCAGAGGGUAAGCGGGUUUGGAGAAUGGAUGGAUGGUUGCUACAACCCCCUCACAUUUUCAUUUUUAAUCAUGCAUCACACCUCUAGAUUACUGUGGACAGUACAUGGGCAUGUGGUGCCACCAAUGCUAAUUCGGACUUCCUUUUCUCACCCGCUCACGCUCCGACUCUCGAAGAUGCCCUAAAAGACACCUGUCCCCCACGCUCAGUUCAGCCACGACACUACAAUCUUCCCUCUCUGCUGUCUCAGCCGUGCCCUCACGGAGGGAGGACUUGGCAACCGGGUGUCACGAAAACUGAGCUGAACGCAGUGUCUUCUUUCCUCCCCCCACACACAAGUGGCAUCGCACAUGUCCUUAUUUAAACUAAAUUCAUAACGGACUCGAAUUAGCAAGCUCUAUAGCUCAACAGAUUAAACCAGUGUACUUUAUUAUGUUUCUUCAUUUCUUUCACAUGUUAAAGAUAUUUGUGCAUUUGUUUUUUGUACAACCCAGCCCUUCCUCUGACCGAAUUAAGUAACGCUACAGGUGUUGUUGUCUUUGUUUUUGCCUCCUCUCUUAAGCUUUCGCUUUAAUUUAUUGUGCUGUUUUCCCGAGGCUAAUUUUGCCACUGUUGCUGAUAACAUCCCUUCCUUUUUUGUAAUAUUUAUCCUAAUUUCGUUAAGUUUAGUCACAGCUAAUGUAACAAAACACACUGUGAUGAUUCCAGUAUUAAUAAAAGUUGUACUUAAACUGUG